CAAUGGUGUUCUUUAAUCCCGUUUGUUUGUCCUCCCCGUCAGCCUGUCAGUAACUGCACGUUAGCAUUCUGAGCACAUAGUAACCUCAGCUACCAUUUACAACACACUGCGCUGCGAGACAUGCCACAUCCUUGAUCUGGCAAACAAGCUGGGAAUGACAUCCUGAGCAAGAGAGACCUCCGUGUGUGACACUGAUAAAUAAUCUCCCAUCUACGUCCGGCGUAACUAUCCUGGGUGAUUAUCCAGCUAGGGAGGAAAAGAAGAUCACAGCUGAGCUAAGGAAGAAAAACACUCUCACCCACUGUCUAUCUCUGCAAUUUGAAGCUUAAAUGGAGGAAGCAGACCAGCCGUUUUAUUCUUCCUUGGACGUAUUUGACAACUACUCCUAUACAUACGAGUAUUAUGAUUUGGAGGAAUCCCCUCAUGAUGGUGAACAACCUCACGUGCUCCACAUUGUGUCUAUUGUCAUUUACUCCCUGGCCUUUUUAUUAGGCGUGCCUGGUAAUGCCAUUGUGAUUUGGUUCACCGGUUUCAAAUGGGAUAAGACAGUCAGCACCCUGUGGUUUCUCAAUCUGGCCAUUGCGGAUUUCAUUUUUGUCCUUUUCCUUCCACUACAUAUCACUUAUGUGGCCACCAACUUCCACUGGCCUUUCGGGAAAUUCCUGUGCAAGAUCAACUCUUUCAUUGCAGUUCUUAACAUGUUUGCCAGCGUCUUCUUCCUGACAGUUAUAAGCUUGGACAGAUUCCUGUUCCUGGCCCGUCCCAGCUUCUCGCUGACACAUAGGACCCUAAAAAAAUUCACGAUUGUUAGUGGCAUUAUCUGGAUACUCGCCGCCAUUAUCGCUAGCCCUGCGUUGUAUUUCCGAGAUACAACCGAGAUAAGCAAAACGGUAUUCAUCUGCUUCAACAACUUCCAUGAACAUGACCGUACAAUCAUCCUUAAAACACACACAUGGCUGGUCAUGAUCAGGUUCUUCAUCGGAUACCUCUUUCCACUGCUAACCAUGAUUAUAUGCUACACGUUCCUUGCUAAACGGAUGGAGAAAACCACCCAGCCAUCCAAUAAAUUCUUCUGGACUGUCCUGGCCAUCAUUGUAGCAUUUUUUGUCUGCUGGACUCCAUAUCAUAUAUUUAGUUUACUUGAACUGAAAGUCCAUCAUAGCGGAGUAUACCAAGAAUGGCUUAGAAUUGGAAUGCCCAUUUCAACCAGCUUGGCUUUCAUUAACAGCUGCAUCAACCCAAUACUAUAUGUUCUAAUAAGCAAGAUAUUCAGGAAGCAGCUGGGAACAUCUGUAGCUGAAAUAUUUAAACAUACGCUCAGAGAUAUAAGUCAGACUGGUAUUAAAAGUGAACAGUUGAUGGAUUCUGAAAAUAACCCAACCAGAUGUGAGGUUCUGGAUCUUGAACAGAUUAAGGGGAAAAUAUAAAGUCUUUCUUUUAAAUACAAACAAAAAAAAUCAUAGUAUUGACAUAUGUUUGUAUAUGAUUCUAUACUGUAACAGAACUUUUAAUAUAUUUGAUUGUUUAGCAUUUUUGUGCAUUAUAAGGCAACUUUAUAUUGAUUUUCUGAGAAUUGUGCCUACCAAGCCCAGGACCCAGACAUAUUGUACAGUCAAACUAUGGUAACUGUUAAUACCAUAGAAGCUUGUUUU